AUGUCUGAAAAUCCUGCUAUUAUUAUGGACAACGGAUCAUAUCAACUAAAAGCGGGUAUUGCAAAAGAUAAGAAUCCAAGUUGCUGUUUUCCUGCAGUAGUAGGAAGACCCAAAAAUCAUGAAGCUAUGGUUGGUGAGAACAUCAAGGAGGUCUAUAUUGGGCAAGAGGCUUUAAAAAAGAAAGGCGUGUUAACACUGAAGCACCCAAUUGAUAAUGGUAUUAUCUAUUCUUGGGAUGGUAUAGAAUGUAUCUACAAAGUAUAUAGAUAUAGAAAGAAUUUGGAGUCAUGCAUUCUUUAAUGAAUUAAAAGUCGAUCCAGAAAAUCACCCAGUUUAUUGA